AUGCAGCUCCAACCAUAUACACCAUCGGGUCCUGUUGAGGAUGAUUCAAGUCGAGACUCGGUCGGUGAUCUAACCGUCAUUGCCGCCGUGCCGAGUUCUCCCAACUUCCUCGACUGGGCGGCCUUCGACGAGACCACACUUCGACCGAGAAAGAACGCCAGGAGAUCCCGCCUCGACAGGAUCUUCUUGCCACUCCGGUCUGUCGGCGCCGGGCUACCAGGGCUCAGCGUCGACGGUCUCGGCGGCAUCAUCGAAUCCGCCCAUGGCGUCUUCCACUCUGUUCGUCGACUCGACUUCACGGAGUCGGAGCGCACCAUCUAUUUUAUGCCGAGCCCUGGUGUCGAGAUGCCUCAGACAUUACAUCAGCGCGAUUUCGAACGAUACGAGAACGAGCUCUUUGACUUGAGCAAGUACAAUGGGACGAGCGGCUAUCUCACAGCCAUGGCCUGGACCGAGGAGGCCUUGUCGGGAUCCAUCACCCUUUACCGAGUCCUGUUCGGGGACGCAGGUGAAACAGUGGGCAUUCGCCCUGUCGCUGCCAUGCGUGAUGUUCCCAGCCCGGUGCUUGUCCGGAUGAGGACCGACGAGCGAAUCAAGCGCAAGGCUGUUGUCACUUUGGUUGACGACGAUGACCGGACCUUCGACUGGAAGGCAAAUCCAAGCACAAGACCGAGAUAUGUCAGGCUUCCGUCUUCCUUGCAGCCACCCAGUCGCAGUCACAGCAGGCAUGGAGGAGGACGCCUGGCCGAUGGCGAUGGCGUCUGUGCUACCAUUCCCCAAUUCUUUGCCCUCUUACACGCCCGCGGAUCCAUUCUCGAGCACGUCGGCUCGGCUCAGAUCACCGAAACCCAAACGGAGGAUGGCGACAUCAAACCGACGGUUUUCCUGACACAGCCACCAAGAUCAAGCCCUCACGAGGGCAGCCGCGUACACGUGGCUAUCUUAGUGCCGAAUGAUGCGCUCUGGGCGGAGGAAGAGAUCAUCUGGACCGACCAAACCGGACUCGCUGAGUUUCGGCAACGACAGUACUGGGACUUGAUCAAGCGCGCAAGUCGCCGAGCCACAAGCAGAAACAGAAGCCAUGGUGAAGACUACGAAGAAGGUGGACGUGGUAGCAGGAGCAGGAGCCGGGCAAGAGGGCGAAGUGAGAGUCGCAGUCGGUGGUGA